UAUUUUUACGCCUUUUAUUUUCCUUCAGUUUGGCGUCUCGUACUCCCCAAAACCCCAACAAUGGCUGCAACUCCCCCACCUGUUCAAAAUCGAUCCCAACAUCUCCCGCAAGUCAUAGUCCUGAAACCACCACCUAGUUUCAAAUUUUUCGGGGACACUUUCUCGAAAAAGUUUGAGCUUCUCAAAGCAUGGGAGUCCACGCUCCCUCUCGAUCAAUUCUUGGCUGCCCGUGCACAGUCAGUCCAGGCCAUGCUAUGCUCCGGCACCGGCCCUCGCAUAGCCCCCGAAAUCUUACGGCUUCUGCCUUCGCUCAGGCUCGUCGUUACCACCAGCGCCGGCCUCAACCACAUCGAUCUGAGCGAGUGCCGGCGCCUUGGAAUCGCUGUAGCCAAUGCUGGAGAAGUGUUCUCUGAGGAUGUUGCGGACAUGGCGGUGGGGCUGUUGAUUGAUUUACUGAGAAAGGUUUCGGCCGCUGAUCGGUAUGUGAGACAAGGGCUCUGGGUAUCUAAGGGAGAUUACCCACUUGGGUCUAAGUUAGGAGGCAAGCAAAUUGGGAUUGUUGGAUUGGGAAGCAUUGGCUUCCUCGUAGCCAAAAGGCUUGAGGCCUUUGGUUGCAGCAUCUUAUACAACUCGAGGAAGAAGAAGGACUUUGUGUCGUACCCUUUCUAUACAAAUAUCUGUGAACUUGCGGCUAAAAGCGAUGUUUUAAUUAUAUGUUGUGGAUUGAAUGAACAAACUCAGCACAUGAUCAAUAGGGAAGUUUUACUGGCAUUGGGGAAGGAAGGAGUCAUCAUCAAUAUCGGACGAGGGGCUAUUAUCGAUGAGAAGGAACUGGUACAGUGUUUGGUGCAAGGAGAGAUUGGAGGCGCUGGUUUGGAUGUGUUCGAGAAUGAGCCUAGUGUUCCCAAAGAGCUCUUUGAUUUGGAUAAUGUCGUGUUGUCGCCGCAUUUGGCUGUAUUUACACCCGAAUCUUUCAAGGCUUUGUGUGACUUGUUGAUCGGGAAUUUGGAAGCUUUCUUUUCAGACAAACCCUUGCUCUCUCCAGUCAUGUUUGAAUGAGUUAUGGUUUUAUUUGCAGAAUAUAAGGAUUGGUGUAGUCAAGAAGUCAAUGUUAUGAAGAUGAUGAGCUACUUUGCUCCUAGCCUCCUAUGAUUAUGAGAAUGGGGCACUACUUCUGGCCAUGUAUAAUAUAUACGGGCAGUUAUCGUUCUAUGGACCGCUAAUUGAUUCGAUGUUAUAAAUUUAUAAGAUUGAUUGUUUCAAACGAGGCAUUAAUAGCUUGACGCGAUCGCGAUUUGUGGCAGAUAAUUGAAACACCGAAUUACUGAUCA